CACAAGUAAAACUAGUACUGGAAACGGAGACGACCCAGAGGGCAUAUGAAUUGGAGACACUAACAACAAAACGAAGACGUCCUCAUUCCUCAUUCAAAUUCUUCUUCUUCUUUUUGCAAGCAAACACUCAUCAGCUCAUUCGUUCACUCUCGCCUCCACGGCCUUGCAAUAGAGACACUCUCUUCGAGCUAGCUAGCUAGUAGGCCGCAUGCCCAUCAUUUAGCUGCCUGUUUGUGUGAGGUGUUUGGUUUUGGCGCCGCCAAUCUUUAGUUAUCGGGCAUUCCAUCCUUCUCUUCAUUCACAAAAAUAAUAGAGAACCAGAAUUUCACGUCAUCAGCAUCAUCAUGCCAGAACCCCACUUGGACUGCUCUGCCCUGUUGGACCAUGUUUCGCGAGAAGAAGAAAAGCUGGGACGCAAUCCCAAUGAUAUCAGCAUGGGUCACUUUGGGCAUCCUCCUGCACCCAGAUUAAGCAUGUUUCGGUUUGCUGCUUCCGCUACUACAUCUACAGAAUGUGAAGCAGAAGUCCUCGUGGUGGCGUUGACCAAGCGAUGCAUCUCCGCUCAAGCCUUGACGCGACAAUCUACUACUGCUGCGCCUACAACAACACCAGGUUCUGCCAUGAAAACAUCAUUGUCCUCGUCGUCACUCAACAGUGUCAAGAGCGAAGGAUCCUCCAGCAGUACUUCCAAACAGGGCCCUUUUUUGGUCGCCAAACUUUUGCCGCCGACUGUGGUGGACGAAGAGGACCAGGCCGUGGAAGAAUCCAUUACCAGCAUGACCAUGGUUGCCUUGGAGGAUUUGUCUCUGAUUACUGUGGCGGAGAAUCAUUCUUCCGUGGUCUUUGACGACGAUCCAAAGAAGAAACGAGUCCAAUUUGAUGAACCCACUCCGGUCGGUGGAGGAGACACUACCAGCAGCAGCAAUACGGAGCAAGCCACGGCCAAGAUUAAAAACUUGCAAUUGCGGGGAUUCAUUGCCGAAGAACGAGUCUAUCUGCCAAGGGUGGCUGUCAUUUUUGGAACCAAUUUCAAUCGAGUCUUAUCGGUGGAAAUGCGCUUUCAUGCCGAAGCUAAAACGAUUGUUCUCCCCUUAUCGGAUCAUGUGGAACCACUUCCCCUGGACCCGCAGCAUUUACUCAAGAAAAUUCUAGAAGGAAAGGAUCAAGUUCCCUUUGCUCCCGUGGGUGGCGUCAACCAGGUGGAAACAUUUGUGAUUACACCGCAACGGCCCAUAAUGGAAAGUAUUACCGCCAAUAGCAAAAAGCUACAACCGCAUCGUCCCAUGGCAUAUGUCUGGGUUUCCUAUGGAGAUGGAACUAUCCUGAGAAUUCAUCAUGCGGCCUUUUUCCGAUCGGUGGUGGGUGAUGAACUGCAACUGCUCAAAACUACAACAACAAGCAAACCGGAUUCUAGCAUUACCCUAUCGCCAACCAAACCUACGUUGCAAGAGAGACUGAGCAUGCAACAAAUCCCACUACUGUUGCGAUGUGAAACCAAGAUACUCAACAAGGAUAUCGCUUCUUUUGCCAUUGUGCCAUUCCCCAAGUACCAUCCAUCACCUUUGGCACCCCUCACAUCGUUCAAACCAGCCAUGCAUCAGGAAAAGGAUGACACUGCUCCCAAUGCUGGAGUGCUGUCGGAUCAAGAAGACAAGGAAGAAGAAGAAGAACACGACGACAUGCCGGAAGUUUGUGAAGCUGUCCUGUACGUCAAACCGACUGCAGCUACCACGGAGACCUUUCCCACUCUGUGCUUUUACACAUCUGAAGACCAGUACUUGGGACGAGUCGCGGGGCAUGCAGGCAGAGAUGCGACCACGACGUCCUUGUCAGACACACCAAUCUUGGGUGCCGUGGUGGGUGGAACCAAAGCUAUGGUGGGUGGACUUGUGGGGGCCAUUGCUUGGGGAUUUGGUGCUGGCAGCAGUACGCCGGCACCAGCCCCCGAAGAUGAUGCGGAUAUGCAGGGAGACGAAAAGAAGUCAGUAGUUCCAACUGGGUUCUUUCCAUCGUUGCGAAAGUCUUCUCUCAUUGUGGGACUAUACGCUGGAUAUGAAUUUCAUGACUCGCCUCGCCAGGUGGAAUCCUUUGUCAUUGAUCCAGAGGGGAAUCUGGGAGCCACCACAGAUAGCUUCGGACGAGUCAUGCUUGUUGAACUGUCCACAAAACAAGUGGUGCGCAUGUGGAAGGGCUUUCGAGAAGCUUCCUGUUGCUGGCUGCAAGUUCCACGGUCAACCUCCGCCGAUUCGUCCCAGCCCAUGCGCAAGUCCUUGUUCUUGGUGAUUCAUUCUCGACAGCGACGCGUCGUGGAGGUAUACCGUGUCCGCCAUGGGCCUCGUGUCAAGUCAUUCCAGGUGGGCCGAGACGCUCAGAUUGUGUCCUGUAGGGAGUGGAUUUCCGAAAUCACAGGCGUUGGAGACUACUUGCUGAAUUGCUACAUUGUACACACCAAUUCGCCAGGCGCCAAUACCCCGCAGAUUAUUGAAAAGAUCGUGGUGCAGGAGAACGAAGGAUCCGUGGCAAGGGAAGAAUCGUCCAAGUCGAAUCAACCAAACCCUUCCUCUGCCACCAAUCCAAAGGAAGCUGCAUUGCGCCUGCAACGACUGCAGCAACUCUUGGCUAACACCAAUGUGCCUUGUCAGUUGGCGGAUGUGCACAAUGCCUUGUUGCAAAUCAAAUCACUGAAAGACUUGGCAACUUGUUUGGAUCGGUUGUCAGUGGCAACAGUGCUGGAAUCCAAAAUGGGUGUCACAGGCUCCGAGUUUCAGAAAGUUGCACUUGCUUACUGUCGGGAGAGCCUAAAAGAAGCUGUGAAAAAUGCCCAGGGCGAUCCCGCCUCCAAUCCGCAUGUGAAGCUGCUGGCUACCAAGAUUGUAUAUCACACUCAGGUGAUCAACGCCUUUGAUAUUCUGAGACGGUUUGAGCUUGGCGGUAGCGAAGAAGCAGAUCAGCAAGUUGCUCCAAGGUCGCCUUGGACCGAAGAGGCCAUGGGGUGGGUUUCAACGUACGAUAUGGUCAAUGGAAAGAGGGAGGAACCCAACGACGCAAUGUUGAUAACGACCAAGGCCGAACCAUUAACCUUUGCGACCUUCGCCAACGCUUGUGUGCCGCCCAAGACACCAGAUUCUCCGCAAGCUCGAGACAACCGAAAAAUUGAAGUGUAUCUAAGCGACAGUUCCAAGACGAGACGCGACGUCCUUGUUCAUAUUUUCAAGCCCUUGCUCGGCGACAUUUUUGCGUUUUCAGUUGUGAAUUCCAUCUUUGGUGCUCUUGGCAUAAUGGACGAUGGUGAAUACUUGCUAAAGGUGUUUGGUGAGUGGUACAUGACUUUGAGUACCAAGGAAGCUGCCCAGAAGGGUUUCUACGCGUUGUACUCCCCCAUGAUGCGGUGGCUUCAAGAAAUGGUGGGGAAUCAACUGGAUCGAAAGGAUGCAGACCCCGACGAAAUUGCAUUGAAGUCAUUGUACAAUUUUUGUACCGAAUCAGCCGACCUUGUGAAAGCAUUCAUGUUGGGUGCCCUUUGCCGAGAAGCCGUUUCCAAGGCUGCAAUCAAGAUGGAAGAGAAGACAUACGGGAAGAUACGAUGUGCGGACAAAGUCAAGAGAUGGGAUGAACUAUUGCGAAAGCUGCGCGUUUGUUUGUUGGUUUCACUCAGACUAAAGGGUGUCAGAAUAGGGACAUUCCCUAUUACGGUGCAAUAUGUGGACAAGGGGGACAUCUUUUCCGUGUAUGAAUGGCUAGCACACGACGAGCUAGCCAUGAGCCACAAACACAAGGAAAUCACUACGUUGGAGGAGGCCUGCAAAGUCAGUGGUAUCUCCUUUGAUCCAUCGACCGAGCAGGGUGAUGUGACAUCGAGGUUUGAAAUGUUGCAGAAUGCUUGUCUCUCGGCAGCUCUCAGCGAAGAAGAGCGCACGGAAUACCUGGUGGACUUUGACGACGACGACAAGCUGGGCGCACUCCUCCUCUUUUUGAAAAGUCACAAUGAACCCAAACUGCUUGUGGCUCACCGUGCCCUAUUGCUAGCAUCCAUCUGGAGUCAGAACCCCCACGACCUGUCGGUGCUGCAGAAUGCGUUGGUGGCACUCCAGUCUCUGAGCAUUCGAGACGACCUACAGUCCCUCGCUGCCGCAAUCCGAUUGGAAGUUUGGCAGACUCGCAUUCGCCCAAUCUACCGAGCGCUCUUGUUUGGAUUCCACGAUGUCCAGGAAGUCAGUGAACACGUCGUGGCGCCUCUGUUUCAUCAACCUGGCUGGGUAAAUGAUUUCGGCGGACUGGCAUUGGAAAUCUUGACGUUGCUUUUACAGAUUCCUUGGUCGGAUUCCAUGAAUACCUUUCAACCAAAGCUCGACACAGACAAGGUCGAAGGGACGUGGCCACGGGUGAAACCCGACUUUAUCUUGGAGCGACUGGUGCAGCGAUCCCGACAAAUCGACCGUUCGGCACUGGAUGCACACCGAGUGGUGCUUUGCACUCUCCGAGUUUCGGACGACAUUCAGGCCAUGAUCAAGUGCGUCCCCAGUUUCCACGACUGUUUCGAGUCGGUGUCUUUGUACCAACCAGUUCAAAAUGCCACUGUGGAUGUCGUCGAGAGUCAGAGGGUGUUUCUGGACUCUGCCAUUAUUUCGUACGCCCAAAAGUGCUCCCAACCGGUUCUGGAAUCGGUUGGUCUUGGUGAAAUUGAAACGUUGGGCGCCAUUUGGAAGUUUGACAUUAAAGCCAUUCGGACGACCUUUAUUUUGGCCAUGUACGAGUUUGGCAAGGAUCGUUUGAUUGACGAGCAACUGACCAAGAGCGCGUCACUGGUGGACGUUCCACGGUUGGUGGAUGAAGGUCUGGGCAUUGUGUGUCGUCGGUUGAACGAUUUGCUGCAUUCGAAACGCCGCCAGACUCCAGCCUUGCGCGAAGUCAUGUCCCUGUUGGACCCCGACGUGUGCAGUUGGGUCAAGGACCGCGCGGAAGAAUCUAAAUCCCUGGUGGUGUUUUCGAAUCUGCAGGUUCCCGUGGGCAACACCCACCUGUUUGCCUUGCGAUUGCUGAGUCUGAGCCGUGGAACAGAUGAUGUGGAUAAGAGCAUCCGAGUGAAGAUCCAUUCCUUGAUUGUGUUGACGGGUCAGUUGGUCAAGUCGCUGGAGGGGUUGCCAUGAUGUAUGUUGUGAAUGAACAUUGAUUUGACGAUUGCAUUGAGUACGGUACUGUCCACCUCUCGUUUUGGAUGCAUUGUGGACACGAUUAUACCUGUACGUAGACAAAACAAGCUAAGGAGCGCAAGGGCAUGAGCAUUAGAAAACGCGGCGCCCACUCCUAUAUACUGUAUUUUAUGAUAAAUAGUAAAGACAGAAUCAAAAAGUU